CACGGCGCGUCCCCCGCCCCUCGCGCGAGCCGGAGCCGCCGCCGCCGCCGCCGCUGCCGGAGCCGCCUCAGAGCCGCCGCCGCCGCCGCCAUGACCGACAACGCCGCCGCCGCCGCCGGGCUGGAGAACCACCGCAUCAAGAGCUUCAAGAACAAGGGCCGCGACGUGGAGACUAUGAGAAGACACAGAAAUGAAGUUACGAUUGAAUUGCGGAAGAACAAAAGAGAUGAACAUCUUUUGAAAAAACGGAAUGUUCCCCAGGAAGAAAGUUUAGAAGAUUCUGAUGUUGAUGCUGACUUCAAAGCACAAAACGUAACACUAGAAGCUAUACUGCAGAAUGCCACAAGUGACAACCCAGUGAUCCAGCUGAGUGCUGUCCAAGCUGCAAGAAAACUCCUAUCCAGUGACAGAAAUCCACCUAUUGAUGACUUAAUAAAAUCAGGAAUUUUACCAAUUCUGGUAAAAUGCCUAGAAAGAGAUGAUAACCCUUCAUUACAAUUUGAAGCUGCAUGGGCAUUGACUAACAUAGCAUCAGGCACUUCUGCACAAACUCAAGCUGUUGUACAGUCAAAUGCAGUACCCCUCUUUUUGAGACUACUUCAUUCACCACACCAGAAUGUCUGUGAGCAGGCUGUCUGGGCUCUCGGAAAUAUUAUAGGUGAUGGUCCUCAGUGUAGAGAUUAUGUCAUAUCACUGGGAGUUGUCAAACCUCUUCUGUCCUUCAUCAAUCCCUCCAUUCCCAUCACCUUCCUUCGGAACGUCACAUGGGUCAUUGUAAAUCUCUGCAGGAAUAAGGACCCCCCACCGCCUAUGGAGACAGUUCAGGAGAUUUUGCCAGCAUUGUGUGUUCUCAUUUACCAUACAGAUAUAAACAUUCUUGUGGACACCGUUUGGGCUCUGUCCUACUUAACAGACGGUGGUAAUGAACAGAUCCAAAUGGUGAUUGAUUCAGGAGUUGUACCUUUCCUAGUUCCCCUUCUGAGUCAUCAGGAGGUUAAAGUUCAAACAGCAGCACUGAGAGCAGUAGGCAACAUAGUAACUGGUACUGACGAACAGACACAAGUUGUUCUCAAUUGUGAUGUUUUGUCUUACUUCCCAAACCUCCUGACGCAUCCAAAAGAGAAGAUAAACAAGGAAGCAGUUUGGUUCCUUUCCAAUAUCACAGCAGGAAACCAACAACAAGUUCAGGCUGUAAUAGAUGCUGGUCUAAUCCCUAUGAUCAUACACCAGCUGGCUAAGGGGGACUUUGGAACACAAAAGGAAGCUGCUUGGGCAAUUAGCAAUUUGACAAUAAGUGGGAGAAAAGAUCAGGUUGAAUACCUUGUACAGCAAAACGUAAUCCCGCCAUUCUGCAAUCUACUCUCAGUAAAGGAUUCUCAAGUGGUACAGGUGGUGCUGGAUGGUCUGAAAAACAUCCUGAUAAUGGCUGGUGAUGAGGCCAGCACAAUAGCUGAAAUUAUAGAAGAGUGUGGAGGGUUAGAGAAAAUUGAAGCCUUGCAACAGCAUGAGAAUGAAGACAUUUAUAAACUAGCAUUUGAAAUCAUAGAUCAGUAUUUCUCUGGUGAUGAUAUCGAUGAAGAUCCCAGUCUCAUUCCUGAAGCCACUCAAGGAGGUACUUACAAUUUCGACCCAACGGCCAACCUUCAAACAAAGGAAUUUAAUUUUUAAGUUCAAAAAAGUGCAGCUUCUCUGUCCCACACCAGUAUGAAGCACCACCAGAUGGCUACCAAGUGAAGAAAUAAAAGGCUCCAAGACACACAUGCCUCUUCGUUUUGAUGCUUCUAAAGCAAGCCAUGUAUCGGUCACUUUGCAGUUGCCAAACAUCACUAUCACAUGGACUGUAAAUGCAUAUGCAUGAUCUCUUAAACUGUUUCAGAAUUCUUUUUAACAGUCCCAACUACCUUUUUUUGCCUUUUUCCUGGUGCCACAUGCUGACAACCGCAAUCUGCAGUUUUGUUAAGAAUAUUCCAUAGUGGUGGCACAUUGGCUUUCCACAGAAAAGUAGCUUCUUUGGAAAAUGGUGCGCUGUGGAUCAAGACACUUUGGUAUGAUGCGUACAUUUUGGAAGACUUUACAGGGGCCCAGUUUGCUCUGAGCCUCCAUCAUCGUCCUCCACAAACAUAUUUUCAUAUACUUUAUGUGGAAGAAUAGAUUAAAAAAUGCAAGCCAAAUGAAUUUCAUUGGUGAAACUGAAAUAAAAGUAACUUAAAAAAAGAAAACACUUGGCAAUUGAUUAAACACUUAAGUUUAAAGCAAACAAAAAAACUACUUCAUCUAUCAGUAAUUGAUGUGUGUUCAUUAACUGCCUCAGAAACCAGGGUUGGAGAAAGAACUGUAGAUUUGGACUGGUAAAGCUUUGCCAUUAUACCUAAUUUUUGAGAACAGCGAGCCCUAUUUGACCACUCACUUCAGCCUGUGUGUUCCUGCUGUUUUGAAGUAAUCAAAUGCUGUGCAUGGUAUUUUACCUGAGCUACAAACCUGUUAUGGACUUGAACUUCUGUUUAAGCUGAAAGCAAGAAUCCCAGACUGUAGAAAAAAAAAAAAA